AAUACAACGUGCCAGCUAGUUCAGUAGCUUGCUAGCUAGCAGUGGAAAUAAGCUAUCAUACGGUAUGAUAGUUAGCACUGCAGAAAACAUCCGUUUAUUUGCUAGCCAUAUCGCUAGCUAGUGUGUAGGUAACCAGAUGUUGUUGGCUAGCUAAGGUCUCGCCGGCUAAACUAGCUAACGUUAAUGCAAAGAGACACUUCUCUUCAUCUGUGGUUUCAGUGCCUGAAGCAGCUGAAGCGCACUGAUUAUAGUUCAAGUUAGUUACUCAAUACUUACUAGGGCUACGUUUAGUUUGUCGACAUUGAUGGCUGUAGUGGGCAUGUGUGAGAUGUUGUGAUUGAUGGUCUGUCUCUGCCUUGUAACUUAGGUCUGUGGACAUUGCGACCAAAGCAGAGAGAUGGAGGCGGGCUCAGUGGUGCAGGAGGACAUUACUUUCCGAGGAGUGGAGUUUGCUGUGAAAAUAGAACUAGAAGAAGGAUUGCUAAUAGUCGAGAUCUCUGAUGCAAUGACAGCUGAUCAGUGGAGGGGAGGGUUUGACCCAGCCUGUAAGUGAAGCGUUGUGAAAUGACAUACUUCAUUUACGUGGAUAUUAUAGACAUUACUAUUUAUUAUUAUAAUGUUUUCAUUGUGUCCCAGACAUUGAAGACCUAACUCGCAAAACGGGCAACUUCAAGCAGUUUCCCAUCUUCUGCAGCAUGUUGGAAUCUGCUGUUAGUAAGGUGAGUCUGCGAGGCAGUAAAGGAAGCUAAAACAUGUUUAUAAGUGUUCUGAUUAUGAUUCAUUCUUUUUCUGCAGACUAGUGAGUCUGUUACCCUUGACCUCUUGACCUAUGCUGACCUGGAGCUCUUGAGGAACCGGAAGGCUGGAGUUGUUGGUCGUCCCCGAGCCCAACAGCAAUCUCCUAACCUCAGUGCCAAAAGAUACCUCAUCCUUAUCUACACCGUAGAAUUUGACAGGUUUGUCUCUCUUUUAGCGAUAUCACUACCAUAAGCUUGACUCAAACUCUGCUUGACAUAUACAACUGCGAAAUUGCCAUGUUAACCUUUCCCUAUAGGAUCCACUACCCCCUGCCCCUACCCUACCAUGGCAAGCCUGACCCUGCCACCCUGCAGAAGGAGAUCAGAGCCCUGAAGACUGAGCUAAACGCCCUGGCCAACCAUGCAGGUCCCAAACCAGCAGAGCCAGAGAUACGCCGGCUACGGGCAGAGUAAGUUAUGAUCUAUUACACUGUAUUAAUCAGGACAGUCUGUAUUGUUCUCUUCAGGUCAGAGGUUAAGGGCCCUGACUGUUCUGUCUGUUGUUAGACUCACCUUGGUGAGAGAGGAGAAGGAGGCCCUGGCCAAGGCUCUGGAGCGUCUGCAGAUAGUGGGGGCUGGUUCCACCCCAGGAGGAGGGGCUCGGGGGCUGAGAGAGGUGGUCAGGAGUUUAGAGGACCAGCUCCUCAGAGAGAGGGCCAAAAGUCAGCGCUCAGCCAGCAAGAGGGGCCAGGAGCAGCGCCUCCUACUGGAGCAGGUUGGUCCUUGUUUGCAUCAUAUUUCAAAUAAGCAUGUACUCUGGAACUUUUAUAACUUUGAAUAAUUUAGAAUGCCUGGCCUUCAGUUGAUGCAAAUAAUGUAAUAACAUAGAUUCCUGCAUACCAUAAAAAGGUAUUGUGUGCAUGUCAACACUUGGAAGUAGUCAUUUUUGUGCCAUUAUAAGUAGGAUUGCUUGGUGCUGAUUCCAUUGUUCAGCUGGUAGGCUAAUUCAGACGUUUCCUGUCUCUCCAAGUUGGAGGAGCUAAGGGCAUCGGAGCGAGCUCUACGGAUUCGCGUUAAGAGUUUGACCAAUGAACUGGCGUUGCUAAGACGAGGGUUAGUCAAUCUAAGCAUGUAUGUCUUUCCUUUUUCUUUGUCUCUCUUUAACUUUCACUCACUCCCACUUACUUACUCACGCCUUAUGAUACUCUCCCUGUGGCUAAUGUUGUAUACUAUGUGUGUCUGUUUUUAGUAGGGUGACCAGUAGGGUGACCCCUGCCCUCUCUGGGCGCAGUGCCUUGCGGGGUGAUGGGGAGAUCAGGCGUUCACUGUCCCGGGAACGUAGUUUAGGACGUGUUGUGGUUAGGGCUCGCUCAGGGUCCAGGGAGAGGACAGAAGAGAGGGGUCGAAGGUCAGAAGGCCAGAGGGCAGACUCCUCAGGGCCCCGCUCACAUGUCUCCAGACCCUCACCUUCUCCCACAGGUAUUAUUUUUUUCUGUCUCUAUAGAAGUUUAGAGUUGACUGGUAAUUCAGCUUCAUUGCAUUGCUUUGAUUGUUUUACUUGGUGUACAUUUGGUAAUGAAAUGGAUACAAUCAAGUUGACACCACCAAGUCUGAGUAAAGCUAUCAGGGCUUGAUUAUCUGCUUGAUCUUCAAGGAAAAAUACACUCAAACUUUGUGGAUUUUCCCUUGAAGUAUGAGCUCCCAGUCAAUCCUGUCAUUCCUGUUUUCAGGUUCGCGGACGCCACGCUUUGACCCCACUGCAUAUAUCCAGGACAGACAGCGCCGACUGAGAGAGGCGGAGCUCAAAAAGUCAGUCUCAUCUCCCUCUAUCCAUUUAACUGUCAUAACUUUAUCUGCAGUGCAAGCUUCUGCCAAUUUUACCAGUGUCUCUUGCAUGUGAGACACUGGUAUAGUGAUUUUCAUGUGUUGAAAUACUCAAGGAUUUCAAAUGGCAACCCAUUUUAUCUUAUGCUAAUAGGAGGACCAAUACUGAGUGAAACGUUUGCUGUAAUCAUGACUUAACUUGGCCUCCUGUGUUCUCUCUCUCCGUCAGCCAGAGGAUGGUCCGAAGGGAAAUGUUAGCGUCGCCUGUUCUGGAGAGGGGGCGGUCUCGGUCCAGGGAGGCUUAUUCCCAGAUGACCAGGGCAGGCAGUGGGAGCAGAGGGAGGAGCUUAUCAAUAGAGAGUAGGAGGAGCAGACAGUCCUCUGAGAAUUCAUUGGUGGCGUUGGAUGAGUUGAAAAUCAGGUAAUUUAUGCUUUACCUUCCAUCUAUAUCACAUGGUAUUACAGUCCAAACUGGGUUUGUUUAAGUAAGUGAGAGAUGUUCUGUUGCUUUACUGCGUGUCUCAGACAGUUCCUCAUUUUGUUCUGUGUUUCAGAGGAAGGAAGCAGACCUACAAUGGUCCAACCAUGGUGAGUGCAGUGUGUUAUUUUUACAGCUUGUGAUAGACCUUGACAUCUUAGUGUUGAGUGGCAAGUGACAGAUAUUUCUUUUUGUAGCCCAGAGGAAGACAUUUGACCAGGAAGACCCAUUGUAGCACUCCCACACACAGGAUACGAUCAGACAAAGGUAACCAAUCAAUGCCUACUCUUCAAUCUAAAGUUUAAUCAGUCAGUUAGCUAAAGAAAUGAAUGUACUUUUAAUAUGAGCCCUGGUGACACAUUCUGCAUGAGAACCUUGCUGAAACCAAUGAUUUAUCAUUGUCUGUGCCAUGCUUGUUCUUUACCCAGAAGGCUCCAUAGAUGGGGCUGACUUGUCAGAGAUCGAUGCCCGGCUGCAGGCCCUACAGGACUACAUGAGGGACCUGGAUACGGGACACUAAAACCAUUAAUUCUGCACACUCAAAACUCUAGGCAGGAGAAAUUAGUUCAAAGAUUGUCCUGUGCUGCAAACUUAGACCAAGGACUACUACUAUUGGAGUCGACACUGUGACUAAACAAGACCACUGCACUACACUGUGAUAUUUUUGCACACAUUAUCAGCCGAUAGGCUUAUGCAAGUGCAAACAGAGAUGGAUGCACACACUGCUUAUUUUGUCGCCCUCUGGGAGACAGUGCCUGAUCUGUGGAUAAAGAUACCACUGUGAAGGCUGUUAAGCCACUGUUAGUGUAUUGAACUAGAACUGAGGAGUGACUGAUUUUAUACUACGGUUUUAUAACUUAUGCAUUGUGUCUGUUGACCGUAAUACCCCAUUUCCCCUUCUUUCUUUUUUACGAGUGAUUGAUGAAUGCAAAGAUUGUUGUGAUUUGAGAUGUUUUAGUCUGUAAAUAUAACUUUCUUUUAAACAUUUUAGGGGUGUUGCUUUUGGU